AUGUCUCGAGCACUUCUUAUCACUGGUGCCACUGGCAAGCAGGGAGGUGCCGUCAUCAAGGCCCUCCUUGCUGCUAAGGCCGAUUUUGAAGUCCUUGCGGUAACCCGCGAUACUGCCUCACCAUCAGCACAACGUCUGGCUGGCAAGUUCUCCAACAUCAAACUUGUCCAAGGCAACCUCGAUGACUGCGACUCGAUCUUCAAAGCCGCCAAAGCCGCCAGUAGCACACCCAUCUGGGGAGUCUACAGCGUCCAGAUACCUGCCUUUAAUAGCAAGGGCCCCAUCAUCGAGGAGAGACAGGGCAAAGCACUCGUUGAUGCCGCAUUGAAGAAUGGUGUCAAGCAUUUCGUCUACUCCUCCGUCGACCGCGGCGGCUCCCGAUCGUCCGACAAUGCGACCGAUAUUCCACACUUUAUCAGCAAACACCAUGUCGAGAGACACCUGGUUAGCAAGUCCAAGGUCCAGGGCAUGAACUGGACCAUUUUGCGUCCUGCAGCUUUCAUGGAGAACUUCGACGGUGGCUUCGUCGGCAAGGUCUUCGCUACAUCGUGGAAACUAGUGGUCAAGAGACCACUUCAGCUCAUCGCCACAGAUGAUAUCGGCUUCUUCGGGGCAAAGGCUUUCAUGGAGCCCGAGACCUACAACGGUCAGGCGAUCAGCCUUGCUGGUGACGAGUUGAAGUACGAAGAGAUGGUUGACAUGUUCAAGAGAAAGACUGGGUCGGCGCCUCUAUUGACCUUCAACUUCCUGGCGAGACUUGUUCUAUGGAUUUCGAAGGAAAUGGGCACCAUGUUCGCAUUCUUUGAGAGAGAAGGUUACGGGGCGGAUCUGACGAAGCUGAAGCAGACACAUCCAGGACUACAGAACUUGUCGACCUGGCUAGAGACCAGUGUCUAUGCCAAAGACAAGGCGCUUUAG